UACUGUGUCACCUCUUAAAUUGUUCGGAAACUUUGCUUGAGUGCCCUUAUGUGUCAUUCUAUGAUUCUAUGUAAAAUAAGAAUGAAAUGACAGACUCAAGCACUCUGAUAAAAUCUCUGAAUGCAGCUUAAUUGCUGCACGUAGUGCGUGCUAGGUUCAAUAAGUCACUGUCUUAUCGAAGCAGAUAUUUCCUAUAUAAUAUGUACACGAAUGAUCUGAGAGGAGGAAGAGGAGGCAUCGGGCAAUGGCGGAGUUACUAUGAAGUGAAUAAUCUCACUUCAUACGUUAUUCAAGUGUUAUAUGAGUUCAACGGAGCAACACUUGAGGAGGAGGAAGAGGCCUGGGACGCAUCGGGCGACGGCGGAGCAACUAUGGGGAAAGGGGUUUACGAUGUGAUUGAUAACUCCGCUGCUGCGCAUCGUAUUGAUUCGAAGAUGAAUUGGCCACUGGUGCUGACUUGUUUUUUGCUACCACAGUCGUGCAUUCUCGGUGCUUCGCGUGGCUGCACGUUCCCGGAGGAAUGGUACGGUCGGUGGUUCCAGUCGGGGAUUACGGACUUGGUGACCGUCAACGGUUCCGAAAUCACCAGCAAGGGCUUCUGCAUCGAGAAAAACGGCGACAAGUUUCUCGUUCACGACACGAAGUACAGAUGUUACCGGUGUAUUGUGAUGCACGCGCAACAUGCCAACGUUCUACAAUACAAAGAAACUUAUUGCACGAGCGAUUCACCGGAACCGAGUCUGCUGACCCAAUGCGGCACGUUGACUAGCGACGCCACUCUGGUCUCUCUGUUCCGCUCCAAUGCAGCCCCGCUGCCCUGUCCCAUUAAGGGUCCCCUGGAGUUCACGUACAGCCAGGGCGAGGGCGAGUGUAAUUCGCCGCGGUCACGGGCGGAAGCGUGCACGCAGGAUUCACGUCUGCUCCUGCGCUACCAAGCGUGUGCCAACGUUCACUCGUCCGAAAGUGUGGAUGUAGAAUUGGAGUGUCUGGCUCAUUGGAGGGAGGGCAGCACAAAUUACAUGGUCGCGCGCUUGCACAGUGAUCGUAACGAUCGUAAAACAAGCGACGAAGAGAGCUACAGAUGUUUUAUUUACACAAAUCCAUCGAACAAUACGUGGAACCUCGCGCAGAGCUCGGAUGCCGCCUGCAACGGAUUGAUCAGCGUCACCGAGGCCGCCAGAACGUUCAAGAUGACACAAAAAAAGCCACCGCAGCGUUGCGCGUAUCCGUCCUGGGUGGUGGCUGGUAAAUCGUGGGUGGCUUUGGAUCGAAUGGCUUCCCGACUCCUGGCGUCGCCUUACAAUCUCACGAUCCUCGACGAAACGAGACUCGCCUUAUUUGUCAUUCGGUUGUUACCAUUGAUGAUCAUCGCUAUCACCAUUCGACGCCAAUCGAUAGAGAGAAUCAGAAGCAAUUCGUCGCAAAGGCAACACGGGAUUGUGGAAUCUCAAAUUAAAGAGAAGAAGAUGUGCAUGCAGAGAAUCUCCAUCCCCAGCAUGAAGUAAACAAGAGUGUCUCUCUUGCUGUUGGCGGAGAUCGACUUGAAGCAAGUUCGACGUUUCGCAAACCAAUCGGCCGGAAAAUUGCUCGUUGACCGGAGUCCUACCAACCGGAAGUACAACCUUCGCGCUCGAAUCGGCGCACAAGACGGUGGAAAAUUAUCGUGUACACGCGCUGCCAAAUCGACAAUCCAACCGAUAGCAUUCCACUAAGCUGAAAGACAUAUCUACGAAUUCAUUCACUGAGAUCGAUUUUGAUUUGAUCGUUUAAUACAUCUAAUACUGGAAAUUAGAAAGAUUAUAAUAAAUUAUGAAAGAAAC